CGGGAAACUUCCUCAAGCUCGGCGGUCAGGCCGGAAUCAUGUGCUCGUAUUUCGGUUUCACUGUGUGUUGACACUACGGGGCCCCAGAUGUCCACAGACACCAUCUGAGCACUCCCCCUGAGCAAAAAGGAUCAUCUCCACAUCUCAACUAGUUUUAUUUCUUUAUUUUUGGAAGAGCAUCUCAAGCAUCAACUUCAGCCGAAUCACAAAAGGAUUCACCAAAGCAGAAAGAAGACAAGGCGAGGACCAGCAACAAGCAUGAAUCUAAGCUCGGUGUCCUACACCAUCGACUUCGGCUCGGCGUACGAUGAACUCAACUUCACUUACAACUACACCGACUUCGUCUUGAACCCCGACACCAUACCCUGCGAGCCGUUCACCAUCCCGGCCGUCGCCGCCGUUUUUAUCAGCAUCUUCUACAUCGCCGUCUUCCUUUUGGCCAUUCCCGGGAAUCUGGUGGUGGCCCUGGUGAUCGGCCUGAGCAAGCAGGCGCUCCCCCCGUCGGACCUCUACCUUCUGCACCUGGGCGUGGCCGACCUCCUGUUGGCCAUCACCCUCCCGUUCUGGUCCACCUCCAUCUCCAAGGGUUGGGUGUUUGGAGACGCGCUGUGCAAAAUCGUCACCAUCGUCCAAGAGCUCAGCUUCUACUCCAGCAUCCUCUUCCUGACCUGCAUCAGCGUGGACCGCUACACGGUCAUCGUCCGAGCCAUGGAGACCCGCAGGUCCAACCGGCGGCUGGUGAGCUGGGGAAUCUGCGCGGCGGUCUGGAGCGUCGGCGCUCUCCUGUCACUCCCGGGACUGCUCUACUCGUCCUUCUCGUCCUCGGGUCACAUGGUGUGCGCCGAGUUCUACGACCCCGGCAGCGCCGACGAGUGGCGCCUGGCAACCAGGGUCCUCCGCCACUCUCUGGGUUUCGUGGUGCCGCUGGCCGUCAUGCUUCCUUGCUACGGCGUCACCAUCCAGCGCCUCCUUCGCAUCCGCGGCGGGCUCCAGAGGCAGCGGGCCAUGCGGGUCAUUGUGUUUGUGGUGGUGGCCUUCCUGCUGUGCUGGACGCCCUACCACAUCGCCGUGAUGACGGACACCUUCUUCCGCGCCAGGAUAGUGCAGUACGGCUGCGCCGCCCGGAUGGCGGUGGACCGGGCCGUGCUGGCCACGCACAGCCUGGGCCUGUUGCACAGUUGCGUCAACCCGGUGCUCUACGCUUUUGUGGGCGAGAAGUUCAGGAGGAGGCUGCAGCAGCUGAUGAGGAAGAUGGGCGUCCUGGAGAGAACGUCGGUGUCCCGGGGCAGCAGGUCUUCGCUCUCGUCCGAGGUCACGUCCACCUUCAUGUAAAACCAGCUCACCUUCAAUGUGGAGAACUGGCGAGGGACGCUUGCCGUCUGUUGGCUUGUCUCUCAAUCUCUUAAUAUUUUGCUCCCUGUCUAUUUCUGCAAAAUUUCCCAAGGUAUGACCCGGAAGCUUGGCUGGCAGCAGAUGUGCCACUUUCAAAGUGUGUUGCCAGCUUUCGCAACGGGCACAUUACCUUGUUUCUUCGUGGCUGCUCCUUUCAGAGCGAUGUGAUUGAAUCAUCCGUGUUGGCUUUGCACACAUGACAUUGGUUUGCAGUCUAAACGGCGAGGGGUGAGCAUCUCCAGCUCUCCACACGUCUCCAAGAGCACCGCAAAAAGAUGCGAGUGGUUGGGAAAGGCUCUCCCUGGUUGUCAUGGUAACUAAAGCCAUACUUGCAUCCUGCGUUUGCAUGACACAAGAACCUCUGUGGACUCCAACCACAGUGAAAGGCAGGCAUUCAGUCUUCUGCAUAUUUCUAUUCUUGUCUCGGUGUAUUUUGAUGGAAGAAUGUCAGAUGCCUCUUAACUCAUUCACUGCAGACCCAGUUAAUACCGUUGACGUCUUUAGCCGUCAAUUGUACUGAAUGAGUUAAUAAGACACCCAGAAACUGUUUUAAAUUCUGUGGGUGUGAUAUACAUUUACGAUCCCAGCGUUUAAAAUAUAAUGUAGUUGAUGUCAAUCAGAUGAUGCACAAAAUAGCAAGUCACAGCCUGUGUUCUGCGAGAAAUGUGAGAAAAUAUGUUUUGCAACACGUGUCAACAUGAUGACAAAACAGGAUGUUUUGUGCCACCUCAAGGACAAAAGGAGCUUUUUGUCUUUACUUGGUGGUGAAAUCCAAUCUCUAUGGGUUUGAAGUUAGCAAUCGAAUUACUUUGAUAAUUGAGAGGAUGAGUCAUAUCCAAAGCUUCCUAAAGGUCAAGCGCCUGAACUGAAUCAGCAGUGAUGAGCCGAGUCUUGAUUUUAUCCUGUCACUUUUGAUUCGACCUCAUCAUUGAAGAUGGAAAACAAACUCUGCAAAUUAAAAUGCCUUUCUGUGUACACACGCUCCAGUUGAGUGGAUAAAAAUGAUUAUAUUUUCAGUUACUAUGACAACAGAGAAAUGGAAAUAGUCUUGGCAACAUGUGAUGUACUGAUUCCCGAUGCAUGCGCACUUAACACAUCUCAAUGUACAGUUGAUAAACGUCCUCCAAUUGUUGCAUGGAUUGUGUGGACAUUCUCAUUAAUAAAAAGAAAGAAUUCACUAUCCUGUACGGAAA